ACUAUCUACAGUGAGCCUGAAGGGACAAAAUAACAUGAGAUUUGAAGAAAUGUAUUUCAGUCCUAAUUAAUCAUGAUUAACUCGUUAACGUUGACAGCCCUAUUAGUCUGUUUCUGCAGUGCAUCAAUGGUCAGACUCAGACGUUAGAAUUAACUUUAUAGAUUUUUUGAUAUCCUUUAUUAAUCCCUGAGGGAAAUUCAGGAUUUACACUCUGUUAUUUUUAUAGGGACAUGCUUCUCACACACAUAGGCCCGAAUCACACGCAUGCACAAACAGGACCUGUGGACAUGCAAUGGUGGAGGGAUGUCAGAGUGGGUCUGCUACAAGCUGCUAAGCUGGCAAAACUCCCAGAAAAACUUUCCCCAGGAGUUUUAAGUAGCUGUAGAGAACAAUGUAUGCAGCAGUCUUUUGAUGAUUCUGUUUAUGCCGUCAGAACAGCUGACGUAUAAAGUCAUUCUUUUUUUAAGAAUUUAGAUUACGCUUUAUGGGAGGUGCUUCUUCUCCCUUCCCAUUUUAUGAAUGGACAGAUGAUGAUGUAACCGCAGAGUGAAGAUAUAUUUGUGGGCGUUAGGCACUGGCCACACUCUUCCACAGCCAAUAUAAGCUUACACAUGUCAGUGGUAAAGAACACUUGUUCAGUAGCACCCCCUGACAGAGAUGCAGUCUACAGACAUGGGACAGAAGCAGACGAGAUCCACUGUGCCAACUGAAGAGGCCUGCAGAAGAGUAGAUAUCUACCAGGACAAGUCUGUGCUCAUCCUCCUCCAACACUGCCGGGACAUAAAACAACGGGACACUCGGUUCAGACUUGUCUCUCUGCUGCUGCUGCUCAGCUGUGUGUCACUCUUCAUUUUCCUCCAGCUUCGGGAAUACUAUGGAUCCACUCGACAAGAGAACGUUGUGCAGUCAGGUCCCGCCUACUCAAAGCAAGAGUGCCCUUCAGCUGAUCCUCAAUCAAUCUCCUCCAACAGACUGCCCAUUGCUCUCACCUCCGUGAAGGAUCCAAAAAACAAUCAAUCAGGGUACUUGAACUGGAGGGGUGAAAAUCAUCGCACACCCACAGAUGCCAUCGAGAUCCCUAAGACGGGCCACUACUUUGUAUAUUUGAGGAUAACUUUUCAGUGCCAAGAACAACACAAGGACCAGGACUAUAAGGAGUUCAAUUUGAUCCUGCAGAGUUUCAACGAAGGAUACGGACCCAAACCCGAACCCCGCAACCUCACAACUGCAAUGGACAGUGUAGGGUGCAGAAAAUCUGGCCCUUUGACUCAAGUCAGGACUCUCACGGUGGUGCAGCUUUUUCAUUUGAUAGAACGAGAUCAUGUAAAAGUUUGGGUCAACAAGGGUUUAGGAAUGAUCAUCAGUGCGUUCUUUGGCGCUUUUCAGACAUAAAGAUGAAGCAAUCCUGAGGAUGUUCAUUUUUUUUGUGCACACAAGAAGAAGAAGACAUACUUUGUUAAUCCCGUGAGGGGAAAUUCAAUUGUACACUCUAUUAUUGAACAUGCUACACACACUUAAGCUGAAAUACACACACAUGCACAAACAGGAUCCUAUGGAGAGAUGUCAGAGUGAGGGGGCUGCACACAGCAAGCGCUCCUGAGCUGGUGGGGGGAUCGGUGGGCCCACUGAGCUACUGCCUUUCCUUUGCUGUCUCAGUUUAAAUUAUCUGUACAUGCACUAUUCAUCUUAUUUCUUACAAUCACCUUAUACAUAAGCUUUGUAUGUUUCUAAGUUCUUCCUGUAAAUGUGGA